GAACAUUUGGCGUGGUGAUUCUCUCUUUAUUAAUUUCUCGAAAUGACAGUUACAAACGCGAUUAUCUGUGUUAGUUUACUAUUUAUUUUUACGAUAACAGAUACUCGAGCAAUUCGUUGUUACCAAUGUAGUAGUGAUACUGACCAUAAAGGUGAAGAUUUGUGCGGAGCAUAUAAAAAAUUUGAUAAAGAGAAAAAUAUCGCUACGGAUUGCAGCAACGAAGAGUCACACGUGCCUGGCACAUUCUGUGUUAAAAUAACACAUCAAGGUCCUCGUGGUUUCAUUUGGGACGGUAGAUGGCGACAGGUGAUUCGUCGAUGUGCUUCUGUAGCCAGUACGGGUGUAACGGGUGUUUGUAAUUGGGGGGUAUACGAAAAUGGAGUGUAUUGGGAAGAAUGUUCCUGUUCGGAAGAUUCUUGUAACGCAGCAUCAACUUUAUCAUCGUUCUCCAUAACGAUCUUAUUAAUUUUAGGUGUCUCGAUUACCAUAUUUUCUUUAAAUUAAAUAUAUAAAAUAAUGAAUGUAGCGGAUGGAGUUGGAUAUACACGAUUAGAGAUACUUGUAAUUGUGGCAAGAGUAUCAUUUAUCGCUGCUUUCGGAUUUGUCGGUAUGAAAUGGCUUAUGAAUCAUCUUGAUCCCACGAACAAUGCAAAAAAGAAGGCUAGGAAAAAGGCGCGAGAACAGUUACAAAAAUUAGCUAAAGCGGAUAACGUUUUGUGGUCAGUAGACAUGGAUCAAUUAACAGAUUAUGAAAUGAUGAUAGCUAAUCACAUAGUGGAUCCUGAAGAUAUUCAUGUUUCGUGGGAAAGUAUCGCCGGUCUUGAACACAUUAUACAAGAACUCAAAGAAACUGUUAUAUUACCUAUACAAAAAAAGGAAUUAUUUGAAGAUUCUCAAUUAACGCAAGCACCAAAGGGUAUACUGUUACAUGGACCUCCGGGUUGUGGCAAAACUAUGUUAGCUAAAGCAACUGCUAAAGAGGCUAAAACAUGUUUUAUUAAUUUAGAUGUAAGCAUCUUAACUGAUAAAUGGUACGGUGAAAGUCAAAAAUUAACUGCAGCUGUUUUUUCAUUGGCUGUGAAACUUCAACCAUGUAUAAUUUUUAUUGACGAAAUAGAUUCAUUUUUAAGAGUACGCAAUUCGCAAGAUCAUGAAGCAACAGCCAUGAUGAAAGCUCAGUUCAUGUCCUUUUGGGAUGGACUAAUAACAGAUCCUUCUUGCACAGUUAUAUUAAUGGGUGCUACUAAUCGACCACAGGAUGUAGAUAGAGCUAUUCUACGACGUAUGCCAGCUACUUUCCAUAUUGGUUUGCCAAACGAGCAGCAACGAAUGCAAAUUUUAACAUUGAUACUAGAUCAUGAACCAAUAGCUGAAAAUGUAGAUAUAGCAAAAUUAGCGAAAAUAACAGACAAUUUUUCUGGAUCAGAUUUGCAAGAACUUUGUAGAAACGCGUCUAUUUAUCGUGUUCGAGAUUACUUACGGAUUCAUACACAAGAUGCAGGCACUGCCACUACUGACGAUGAAGAAUAUCAUGACACAGUACGACCUAUAACAAUGGAAGAUCUUCUUACGUCAUACAAAAAGUUGAAAACAUCUAAAAUAUAUACGGGUACUUAUAAUGUUCUUAAAACAGAUGUAGAUUAAACAAAAACUUAUAUUAUAUAUCAAGUCAUGUGAAAUUUUGCAUUUCCUAAAAG